AUGAGUGCGGCAUUUUCACCAACUCACGAACAGCUUGCCGCACUUUUGAGUGGUGCUACUGCUGGAGUUUGUGUGGAUGUCGCAGUUUAUCCUAUGGACACAAUAAAAACACGUCUCCAGAGUGCUGCACAUGCUGUGAAACCGGUAGGGGGAGGAAGAAUGGGUUUGUUUGCUGGUUUGCCUGCCGUUUUACUUGGCUCAGCCCCGGGAGCUGCGUUGUUCUUCAUCUCGUAUGAGACGGUGAAACGCACAUCAUUGACUGCAGGAGCUCCGUUGUGGAUGGCUUCCAUGCUUUCUGCUUGCGCUGGAGAAUUAUGGUUUAAUGUCUUCAAUUGUUCUUCAUGUAAAUAUCCAUCUGCGCUCUAUCUCUAUCCUCUGUCUAAGGAUUUGCACACUUUCAUUAAGACGAGAAUGGUCAAUUCACUUGUCUUUUUUGUUUCGCCUCAGCGUGGUAUGGAGCAGUACAACAGAAGUCGAACGCUGGAUGCCAGUCUUCUCAACUUUAAUGUGUGGGAAGCGUGUUUCUCCAAUUCCAACGAGUCGAACACCCUAUCGAAGACCCAAUUCGCGGUGUGUGGAGCUGUCGCUGGUGCCAUCGGUGGCUCCUCCACCACCCCCAUGGAUGUAGCCAAGACAAGAAUUAUGCUAGCCGAGAAGGGGACGCCUCUGGCCUCAGGAAGUGUAACGGUCGCUUUGCGGACAAUCUAUCGGGAAGGCGGCAUUUCUGGCCUUUUUGCCGGUCUUGUGCCCCGUGUUUACAUCAAGUGCUUCGGUGGGGCCGUUUUCCUUGGCCUCUACGACAUCUCCAAACGCAUGUGGCUUACCUAUCUACCCGCAAGUGAGGACCGAGCGGUACAAUUUUGUGCGGGUGGCACCGCUGGACUCUUGGUCGAUGUCGCCCUGUACCCUAUUGACACGCUUAAGACUCGUCUUCAAUCUUCCUCCGGCAGCAUUUUUACGUCCUGCGGACGGCUUCGACUCUUCGCUGGACUGCCCACUGUGCUUUUGGGUUCUGGUCCUUCCUCCGCCGUCUUCUUCUACGCCUAUGAGGUCUCCAAAGACCUCUCUAUGCAUAACAAUCUUCCAAUGUGGGUUGCUUCUAUGAUAGGAACCACAAUAGCUGAGAUUGUAUGUGCCUCCGAUGUGUGUUCGACCUCCAUGGUGCUUUGGGUGCCCUGCGAAAAUGUUAAACAGUCUGCUCAAAGUCGUCCGUUUGACUCGCUCCGGUCAAUUUUCAAAAGCUACGUCCAGCACGAAGGUUGGAAGGGUCUCUACCGCGGCUACGUAAGCACAGUAGUUCGCGAUCUACCCUGUGCCCUCAUUCAAUUUCCCAUUUGGGAAGCUUUAAAGAGUUUUUUUGCGUGGCGGAACCAAUGUCCAGAGGAAAGAUGCCAAUUUCGCGAUGCUUUCUCGUCUCCGUCACCUUCAAAUUUGACCAAUUUCCAGUUCGCCCUGUGUGGCUUCCUCUCCGGUGCCGUUGCUGGUUCUGUCACUACUCCAUUAGAUGUGGCAAAGACACGAAUCAUGCUUGCAAGUCGAAACAGUCCCCUUGCAUCAGGAAGGAUUUCUACUGCGUUAAAGAUCGUCUACCGAGAGGCUGGUAUAACUGGCUGGUUUGCUGGACUGAUGCCUCGAAUGGGUCUCUUGUCUGUAGGCGGUGGUAUCUACCUCGGCCUCUAUGACAUCACCAAGUCCUCCUGGAAGAACGUUCUUGGCCCUUCAAUGGAGGCGAAACCGAAACCCUAG